AUGGCUAUGUGUCCCGUGUCUUUCGGGUGGCAUCUUCAGAUUGCAUUCUUUAUUGUACUAGCUGCCAAUCUCGUCUUUGCCAAUGGAAGCACCGAUGGAUUCCAGCAUAUCCUUCACCCUCAAGAGGCUUCUCCUCAGAUUAUCACCGGCCAAUAUAAUCCUGCUCGAAUCAGCAUCCACGAUACUACCGGUCGAGUAUCGUGGAGCUGGACGAAGGUCGACUUCGUUGACCAAGACAUACCAAAGAAACUCAAUCAUUGUCUGCAAAUUGGAGGCUCCGUGACUGAUGUCAAGUGGGCGAACCACGGUAGAAGCGUCGUGGCAGUCUUUGCUUAUGCUGUCGUUGUCAUCAACCAUUAUCCCGAAGACAAAUCCAAAGAUAAGGCUAUAACCUUCGGCAUUUGCUUGGAUAAAUUCGGUCUGGGAGGAACUCACGGCAUCGAGCCGCUACCGGAUGGGAAGCUCGCUAUAGCAACGACUUCCUCUGAAGCAACAGGAAAUAUUAAGAUCGUCAACACCUCCCUAGGUACAUCGAACCCUUAUCCCGGCUUCCUCCAAGAGCUUGAUGGUCUCCCUGCAGUUCAUAGUCUUGUAUGGGACCAAGUAACACAAAGUCUUUGGGCUGUCGGGAAUGAUAUACCUCCUCACGGGAAAUGUCCCUCGACGGCGCAGCUGAAUCGGUAUGAGUAUAGGGAUGGUUCAUUCUCUCGAAAGCCCUCUAAGGUCGAGCCCAUUGGUCCUCCUAAGAUGUUGAACGACGAAUGGGACGCUUCGUGGUGGGAUGGAGGACAUGAUAUUACGCCUGUGCCUGACCAACGACAACUUCUCAUUUCUACAGAUCUGGACCUUCACCUCUUCAAUUUGACUUCGGCAUUAUUUAUACACGGUGAAGAAGUGCUGAAACAGCCGCUCAUGCAGGGAUUCAAGCCAGUCAGCUCUCAUGAGAAGAAUCUGUCGCGGGCCGAUGUCAAGUCAUUGAGCUUACACAAGAGCUCCGGCACCCUUUAUGUGCAGGCUGACUGGAAAGACUGCUUUUCAAAGCAGGUAAGCCAUCUUACACCAGACGCCGCGGCACCAAGGGCCAUCUUGUUCUCGCAGUCGGUGUAUCGUUCUCGUUGGUUCUCACCCGUGGCUGGAUGGUCUGCUGAGUAG